AUCGUGACGGGCAGGAAACCAUUACAACACCACCCGGGCUGUGCUCGCCGGCUGCCGCCGCCACCCCCGCCCUUACCUCCGGUGCACAUUAAAGAUCCAAAAUCAUGACUGACUCCAAGUACUUUACAACUAAUAAAAAGGGAGAAAACUUUGAAUUAAAAGCUGAACUCAACAAUGAAAAGAAAGAAAAGAGGAAGGAGGCUGUGAAGAAAGUGAUUGCUGCUUUGACUGUGGGGAAGGAUGUUAGCUCUCUCUUUCCAGAUGUAGUGAACUGUAUGCAGACCGACAACCUGGAACUGAAGAAACUCGUAUAUCUCUACUUGAUGAACUAUGCCAAGAGUCAGCCAGAUAUGGCCAUCAUGGCUGUCAACAGCUUUGUGAAGGACUGUGAAGAUCCCAAUCCUUUGAUUCGGGCCUUGGCAGUUAGGACCAUGGGGUGCAUCCGGGUGGACAAAAUUACAGAAUAUCUCUGUGAGCCCCUGCGCAAGUGCUUGAAGGACGAAGACCCCUAUGUUCGGAAAACAGCAGCAGUCUGUGUGGCAAAACUCCAUGAUAUCAAUGCCCAAAUGGUGGAAGAUCAGAGAUUUCUGGAUUCUCUACGGGAUCUCAUAGCAGAUUCAAAUCCUAUGGUGGUGGCUAAUGCUGUGGCAGCAUUAUCUGAAAUCAGUGAGUCUCACCCAAACAGCAACUUACUUGAUCUGAACCCACAGAACAUUAAUAAGCUGCUGACAGCUCUGAAUGAGUGCACAGAAUGGGGCCAGAUUUUCAUCCUGGACUGCCUGUCUAAUUACAACCCCAAAGAUGACCGGGAAGCUCAGAGCAUCUGUGACCGGGUAACCCCCCGGCUGUCCCAUGCCAACUCAGCAGUGGUGCUUUCAGCGGUGAAAGUCCUAAUGAAGUUUCUAGAGUUGUUACCCAAGGACUCUGACUACUAUAAUAUGCUACUGAAGAAGUUAGCUCCUCCACUUGUCACUUUGCUGUCUGGGGAGCCAGAAGUGCAGUAUGUCGCCCUGAGGAACAUCAACCUAAUUGUCCAGAAAAGGCCUGAAAUCUUGAAGCAGGAAAUAAAAGUCUUCUUUGUGAAGUAUAAUGAUCCCAUCUAUGUUAAACUAGAGAAAUUGGACAUCAUGAUUCGUCUGGCAUCCCAAGCCAACAUUACUCAGGUUCUGGCAGAACUGAAAGAAUAUGCCACUGAGGUGGAUGUGGACUUUGUUCGCAAAGCUGUCCGGGCCAUUGGACAAUGUGCCAUCAAGGUAGAGCAAUCUGCCGAGCGCUGCGUAAGCACAUUGCUUGAUCUAAUCCAGACCAAAGUAAAUUAGGUCCAAGAGGCGAUUGUUGUCAUAAGGGACAUCUUCCGCAAAUACCCCAACAAGUAUGAAAGUAUCAUUGCCACUCUCUGUGAAAACUUAGACUCACUGGAUGAGCCAGAUGCUCGAGCAGCUAUGAUAUGGAUUGUGGGAGAAUAUGCUGAAAGAAUUGACAAUGCAGAUGAGUUACUAGAGAGCUUUCUGGAGGGUUUUCAUGAUGAAAGUACCCAAGUGCAACUCACUCUGCUUACUGCCAUAGUGAAGCUGUUUCUCAAGAAGCCAUCAGAAACACAGGAGUUAGUCCAACAGGUCUUGAGUUUGGCAACACAGGAUUCUGAUAAUCCUGACCUUCGAGAUCGGGGCUAUAUUUAUUGGUGCCUUCUCUCAACUGAUCCUGUGACAGCCAAAGAAGUAGUCUUAUCUGAGAAGCCACUAAUCUCUGAGGAAACAGACCUUAUUGAGCCAACUCUGCUGGAUGAACUAAUCUGCCACAUUGGUUCUUUGGCCUCUGUGUACCAUAAACCUCCCAAUGCUUUUGUGGAGGGGAGUCAUGGGAUCCAUCGCAAGCAUUUGCCAAUUCAUCAUGGCAGCACUGAUGCAGGUGACAGCCCUGUUGGCACCACCACUGCACCCAACCUGGAACAGCCUCAGGUUAUCCCUUCUCAAGGAGACCUUCUAGGGGAUCUUUUAAAUAUUGACCUUGGUCCCCCAGUCAAUGUGCCACAGGUGUCCUCCAUGCAGAUGGGAGCAGUGGAUCUCCUGGGAGGAGGACUUGAUAGUCUGGUAGGACAGUCCUUCAUCCCAUCAUCAGUGCCUGCCACCUUUGCUCCUUCACCUACUCCUGCAGUGGUCAGCAGUGGACUAAAUGACCUGUUUGAACUCUCCACAGGAAUAGGCAUGGCACCUGGUGGAUAUGUGGCUCCUAAGGCUGUCUGGCUACCUGCGGUAAAGGCUAAAGGUUUGGAGAUUUCGGGAACAUUUACUCACCGCCAAGGGCACAUCUAUAUGGAAAUGAACUUUACCAACAAAGCUCUGCAACACAUGACAGACUUUGCAAUCCAGUUUAACAAGAAUAGCUUUGGUGUCAUCCCAAGCACUCCUCUGGCCAUCCAUACACCACUGAUGCCAAACCAGAGCAUUGAUGUCUCCUUGCCUCUCAACACCUUGGGCCUAGUCACGAAGAUGGAACCUCUGAAUAACCUGCAGGUGGCUGUUAAAAACAAUAUUGAUGUCUUCUACUUCAGCUGCCUCAUCCCACUCAAUGUGCUUUUUGUAGAAGAUGGCAAAAUGGAACGCCAGGUCUUCCUUGCUAUGUGGAAGGAUAUUCCCAAUGAAAAUGAACUCCAGUUUCAGAUAAAGGAAUGCCAUUUAAAUGCUGACACUGUUUCCAGCAAGUUGCAAAACAACAAUGUUUAUACUAUUGCCAAGAGGAAUGUGGAAGGGCAGGACAUGCUAUACCAAUCCCUGAAACUCACUAAUGGCAUUUGGAUUUUGGCUGAGCUAUGCAUCCAGCCAGGAAACCCCAAUUAUACGCUGUCACUGAAGUGUAGAGUUCCUGAAGUCUCUCAAUACAUCUAUCAGGUCUACGACAGCAUUUUGAAAAACUAA